AUGGAGGUUCCCACGACGGAGCACAUGAAGGCGGCCAAGAGGAUUUUGAGAUAUUUGAAAAGUACUAUUGAUUUUGGACUAUUUUAUUCAUCGUCUAAGGAAUUUCAAUUUGUUGGAUAUUUCGAUAGUGAUUUUGCCGGAGAUAUAGAUGAUCAGAAGAGCAGAAUUGGAUUUGUGAUUUUUAUGGGGUCUAAUAUAAUCUCAUGGAGUUCGAAGAAACAAACGAUAGUCUCGCUAUCAUCUUGUGAAGAUGAAUAUGUCACGAUGAUAACAUGCGCUUGUCACGCAAUCUGGCUAAGAAUAAUGUUGAAGGAGAUAGGUUUGUUAGAGAAUGAAGUGACCACAAUUUUUGUCGACAAUAAAUCUGCUCAAGCUCUAGCAAAGAAUCAUGUUUUUUAUGAUCGAAGUAAACACAUCGAUACACGCUAUCACUUCAUCCGAGAGAGUAUUACGAAAAAAGAUAUUAGACUUCAAUAUGUGAAAUAUGUUGAUCAAGUUUUAGAUAUUUUUACGAAGCCUCUUGAAGUGGUGUUUUUCAACAGAAUUAGGAGUAUGCUUGGAAUCACCAAGAAGAAUUAA